AGAACAUGUCCAACACCAGUCAUUUUCCUUACCACCAUUGCCUGCUCGUCACUCACUAGAAGAAAAUUUCAAUCAAAUCAAGUUCUCUAUAACAAGAUAAAUCUUCCACCUUCGCCUCCAAAGCAUUCUUCAAUUACAACUUUAGCUGAAAAAGAUGAGAACAUUCCCUGCAAUCCGCUCUUUGACCCUCAUUUAUCUCUCUAGAGGAGUUCUCUUUGUUCGUAGGACUCAACUCUCUCUUCCGAGGAAACUCUUCUCUUGCCAAGUAAAGCUUGCUGAUUCUGGGGUAGAUGGAUCAUUCAGCUCACAAGUAGUGCCUCCAACCCUAUUGGCAGCAGAGAAAGAAGAAGCCAAGGCUGUCUUAACUUUGUUCUUGAAGAAACAAGGUUUGAGCAAUACAGUUGCUGCUAGAACUAUCAACAAAUCGGACCUGUUCAUUGACCAUCUUCUCUCAAGGCUUCAUUCUGUUCAUAAAUCUCGGUAUCUAGUAGGACGAGAGCUCACAACUCUAGAAAUCAGGGAUGCUCUUAUUCCAUAUCUAGAAUCUCUUCUUGAAGAGCACAGAAGUGUUUUGGUAGAUUUAGUAGAGUACUUUCCAAACCCAUCUGUUAAAGGAAAACCGGUUCAACCUCUAUCUCCUUCCCAGAUAACACUUGAUUCCAAGAAGCUUAAAGCUGUGUCUAGAGUAAGCGAGACAGGCCCUGCUGGGAAGCUUCCCCCUCAUAUUGUUUAUCUUAUGGACCUUGGCAUGAAUCUUGAACAGAUCAAGGGAAUUACAUGCAGAUUUCCUGCUUUUGCUUACUACAGCUUGGAGGGCAAAAUUAAGCCAGUAGUUGAGUUCCUUCUUGAUCUUGGAGUACCUAAAUCAGACCUUCCAACCAUCCUUGUCAAAAGACCUCAACUGUGUGGAAUUAGUCUUUCUGAAAAUCUCAUACCCACCAUGACAUUCUUAGAAAAUUUGGGUGUGGACAAGAGACAAUGGGCUAAAGUUAUAUACCGUUUUCCAGCACUUUUGACUUAUAGCAGGCAAAAAGUUAAAGUGACCGUAGAUUUCCUUCAAGAGAUGGGUCUCUCAGCAGAGAGUAUUGGUAAGAUUCUAACACGUUGUCCAAACAUUAUAAGUUACAGAGUGGAAGAAAAACUACGGCCUACAGCUGAAUACUUCCAUUCAAUGGGGGUUAAUGUUGCUGUUCUUCUGCAUCGAUGUCCACAGACAUUUGGCCUCAGUGUCGAGGCCAAUUUGAAGCCUGUGACAGAAUUUUUCUUAGGAAGGGGUUGCAGUAUAGAAGAAGUCGGAAUUAUGAUUUCAAGAUAUGGAGCUUUAUAUACUUUUAGCUUGGCAGAAAAUUUGAUACCAAAGUGGGAAUUCUUUUUAACCAUGGAUUAUUCAAAAGAAGAGCUUGUUAAAUUCCCUCAAUAUUUUGGCUACAGUUUGGAAGAGAGAAUAAAACCAAGGUAUGCACUAGUGAAAAAGUGUGGAGUCAAAUUGCUGCUGAACCAGGUGUUAUCAUUAUCAUAUUCUGACUUUGAUAAGGCUUUGAAAAAGAAAAUGAAGAAAAUGCUUUCUGACAAGACCUCAAAUGAUACCGACAUUGGUGAAGAUCUUCUUUGAGGAAUUGAAAAAUGACACUAAGUGAUAGUAUUAUAAUUCAGGAUGCCAAUAGUGGAAAACACGCCGUUAUGGUAAACAAUAUUGAUGUUCUUAAUGGAGGCAUUGGAAUUGGAUCUGUUAUUUUGAUGAACAUACGAAUGCACAUCUGCAUAUGCAAUAUGGGGCAUGUCUAAUAAAUUCACAGCUGGUUAAGUUCCUUCAAAAUUGGCAUGUCACUUUUAUGGUAAAGCUUUAAUCAGUUGGAUUUGCAAAACACUGCCAUGGCCCUGUUAGGAUGAACUUAAUUAAGUUUCAGAACCAUAUGUUUUGUUAUCGAAUGGCCCAUGCAGGAGUAAUACAGAGGCAUCUAACAUGCCUAGUCAUCAACUUUCCCUGAUGCUUCCUAACUUGUUGUUGUACUUUUUGACUUCAGCAUUGUUUUAGGAGGAGAUGCAUGGAAAUAGUAUGAAUCCUAUUUGUUUUAACCUGCCGUUGGAACAAGCCUGUAUUAAUUUCUAUAUGAUGAGAUAAUCUUGUUGCUUCUUUA